CAUGGGAUAAAUGGAGACUUUUGGUGGUUUUUCAUCACUCUUAUUUUUAUCGUUGUCCCUUCAGUAAUAGUAAACGUCAGAGCGACUUCUCAACUGAAAAAGCAGGGCACGUGUAAUAAGGUGAAAUAUAUAGCAAUUUUUGCUAACUGUGGUGUGAUUUUCCGUUACAUUCAAGAACUAGAACAAUGGAAAAAAGAAAAUUUUGAUAAAACGCCAUGUGGAAAAAGCGAUCAAUGUUGUCCCUGUAAGACGUGUCUUCCAUGGUAUACUUUGCAAAAGGAGAAGUCAUUGGAGUCUACCUAUUCAAUGGCAAAGCUACGUUAUCUGGAAACGAUUACAGAGUGCGCGCCGCAAUGGUGUCUCCAAACAUACAUCAUGUUACGUCAGUGGUAUUUCCCAUGGUACACUGUGGUCUCAAUUGUGCUCUCGCUCUUGUCCUUAGCUUGGAGUAUCACGAUGCUCGAGAAAACGAGAGAAACGAAAGAAAAUCGCAAUUUUAAAUUAAUUACCACAGUGUCGUUCCUAAUUUGGCAACUUGCUUCGCUGAUAUCGCGUUUAUCCGCAAUCGUUAUACUCGCUUAUGUCCAUAGAUAUUACGUGAUCAUUUUCUUUGCAAUCAAUUGGUUGCUUUUAGCUGUGGUGGUUAGCGUUGUAAACAGAGGAAACGUCUACAGCCAACCUGAUAAUCCAGGAUUGCUCUUCUUUGGCGUAUGGGUGCUAUGCUAUCCUGUUAUGUUUCACUCUUCAGAAUCCCAAAUCGCUACAUUCGAAUUUAAAAAUCACAAACGCCAUAUGGCCUUGGGCAAUGUUUUACUCGCGCUCGGAAACAUUAUCAUGUUGACAUUGUCUGUAACGGUUGCAAAUCCUUACGCACCAUAUAUGGAGAUAUUGAAACCAGUUGCUAUCUCGUUGGUAGUUGGCGGAUUAUUAAUAUCAAGUAUCUUCUUCCUGGCGUAUGACAAAUGUUGCUUUCCAGAAACGAACAAUGAUCAAAUGGACAACGUUUUAUCCGUGGUGAAUAAUGCAUUUCAAGAAGAAGCAUGUUAA